GAGGAGACGACACACAAAUAGUUCACAAAUUGUUAUUCAGCGUCAAGUACUUUUAUUCUAAAAAAGCAACUUGCAACUAAGUUGUGGUUUGCUUAGUGUAAGUUCUAAAACUCGAAACACAUAAUCUACGUUAGACAGAUUAAUAUCUCCAAUGCAAGGUGUCAGAAUUAUUCCUGUGCUGAAAGGUCUCAGAUCCUUUGCCACAACAACGAUGAGGCAAGCAGAGUUCAAUGUGACUGUCCCGUGGGGAGAGAUAAGAGGUCAGGUUUGGGGUCCCGCUCAUGGCCGUCCGGUGCUCUGCUUACAUGGUUGGGCUGACAACAGUGGGACUUUUAAUAGACUCAUUCCACUUCUUCCAAAUGAGUGGAGAUUUGUAGCCAUUGAUUUCCCGGGUCAUGGUCUGUCCUCUCAUAGGUCUGCUGGUUGUUUCUAUCCCUUCACUUUGUAUGUGGCAGACGUUCGGCGAGUUAUUGAAGCUCUUCAAUGGAAGCGAUUCUCAAUAAUUGGACAUAGUAUGGGUGGUAAUGUGGCAGGAAUGUUCAGUGCGUUGUAUCCAGAGAUGGUCGAAGCUUUAGUUCUUUUGGAUUCUUAUGGAUUCUUCCCAACAAAACUGAAUUCCAUGAUGAAUUACAUAAAACAGGGAAUAAAUCAACAAGUUGAAUAUGAAAUAGAGUCGAAUGAAAGGAAAGAGAAGGUGUACACGUAUGACAAAGCCAAACAAAGGUUGAUGGUUGCAAACCCUUCUCUUUCUGAAGAGUCUACAGAGAUUCUUUUAGAGCGAGCCAUUCGGGAGGUUAAGGGAGGAGUGGUAUUCAACAGAGACUUCAGAAUAAACUUGAGAAACAUUGCGAUGGUUACACCGGAACAUUGUCUCUAUAUGCAGUCCCUAAUUCAAGCCAGAGUGAUGCUGUUAUUGGCAAGUGAAGGGAUGAAUAAACAGUUCCCUCCACCUGACGGUGAUGCCCUUCAGAAGGGUUGGAUAGAGCAGAAAAGCACCAUUGUAGAAGUCGAAGGGGACCAUCACGUUCAUCUCAACAAGCCGGAGAAAGCAGCCCACGUAAUCACUGAUUUCCUCCAGUCCCUCACUCCUAAACAACAAGCCAAACUAUAACACAAAUGCAGGCAUGCACAUUAGGAACAUUCAAAUUACUAUCUAAUUCUUCUCAUUUCUAUUCACUGUAAUUCUACAUUAAUUAUAUAUUGUCGUUUUUUUUUUAAUAUUAUGUAACAAAUGAACAGACAUGCAUGUUCUAGAUCCAGGUGACGGUGGAUCUUAAGCUUCCAUUUUAACAAGAUGCUCAGUCACUGGUGAUAGAAGUGUAGAUGGUGUGCACCUGCACGCCUCACAGAUCUCUAAGUUUACUCAGUUUUGGUGAAAAUCUUAUCGUAUUAUUUUUGGUGUUAACAAAAAACAGUUGUCUUCCAUACAGACUAUUGUUAUGAAUGGAUAUAAAUAUUUUUGCGGAGAUCUUCUUUCGCCAAGCAAGUUUACACUGCUUCAGUUAGCACCAACAGAUUUGUGUUGGUUAUGUUUUGUUGCUGGUGGUGUUUGUUUGGAAAUUUUGAGAGACAUUUACGUUUUCUAAAGUUCAAGAGUGUGAAGAACAAGAUUACGAAAAAGUGCCUUUUCAGUGAAUGUGAAGGGUUAUUUUUUUUUUAAUAUGUAUAAAUAUUAAAAAACACGAUUAGCCAAAACUUUCGUUUGUUGAUGUAUAUAAAUUGCUUAAAGUGGUGUUGCUAAAUACCAUAAGCAAUAGUUUACACAAGGAUAAAACUCUGUAAUUUAUUCAAAACGUGUGUGACUCUAUCUUCUGUAAAACACAAAAGAAGAAAUGUCUCGGUGGUCUUCUGUCCAUACAUUGGAAGUCAAUUGGGUCCAAUGUUGUUUGGUCGCAAACCUUCUUCAAAAUAUCUUCUUUCGUGUUUUGCUGAAGAAAGAAAGUCAUACAGGUUAGGAAUGACAUGAGAGUGAAUAAAUGAUGAAAUAAU